AUGACAAAAAGAAACCUUUGGGAAGAAGCUAUCGAGAAACUCGACGACGAACUUCAAAAUAAAAUUCGAUCUCGCAACCAAGAAUUGGUGAACCUCGAAAGUGUAUUGUCCAGUGCCGAAAGCAAGAAAGAAGAGUGUCAUAACAGGGAAAAUGAGACAGGAUCCAAAUUAUAUCAAGUGCUUGGCCGGGUGGUGCAACGACUUUCGAAGUUCAAGGACAUCGGUGAUUCUGUGGCUACGAUCGACCCCACCCACCUGGCAGUCCCCUGGGCAGUAAUCAAGUUGGUUCUUCAGUACCUCCUGAAGGCGGAAGAAUACCUUACCGCCAAAUGGAUCAAGAGAAUCCCCAAGGGCCUCUUUCUUGCCUAUGAUGAGUUCGACGGAUGGAUGGAUGAGAUCAAAGAGCAACAGCGAAUUGCAGACGAGUCGGCGCGAUUGAUUGACGCCCAAGCUAACAGAGACUCGGAUACCAAACUCAACUCGAUCAAGCGAGAGCAAGAUGCUCUGAGAGAAGGCUUGCAGUAUUUCCGCGAGCCUAUCCAAUUCAUCCGAGAUGGUUUGGUCAACCUAACGAACAGCUGGACAGAGCAUGAAAAAAACGAGCAAGAGCGCCGGAUCCUCAAGUGGCUGGCUCGCCUCCCCCUGGAUGAGGUUCAUAAACGGAAGCUAGAGGCUCGUUUGCCCGACUCGGGGCACUGGAUAUUCGAGGAAGCGAACUACAAGCAAUGGCGUGUCUCCAGCAAAUCAGAUCUGUUAUGGCUCCAUGGACUCCCGGCCACGGGCAAGAGCACACUGAUGUCCACGAUCAUUGAUAGCCUCCAGACCAAACACGCGCAUGCGCCAAGUAGCCCUCUUGCCUAUGCGUUCUUCUCGCGCAACGAUUCCGAUCGACGAUGGCAAGAUCCCGGGACCCUCGUGUGCUGCCUAAUAGCACAGCUCGCUCGCCCAAGACCCUCGGCCCCAUUGCGCGGAAAAGUCAUUCGCGCCUAUGAGAACAUGGUACAGGAGGGGGGCGAUAUUGCAAUUGCAGAAGGAGCACGUCCUGCAUGGAACGAUGCAAUAAGACUUCUCUUUGAACUCAUAGAUCAGGGCACUACCACGAUCUGCAUUGAUGCAAUUGACGAGUGCGCCGAAGAUCUCCGUGGUGAUUUCCUUGAGUUGAUUGAUCGUCUAUUGACUAGAGUAGGUGGGGGGCGAGUCAAAAUCCUCAUUUCCAGUCGCCCAUGGUUGAACAUUCUGGAUCGAUUCCACUCGUGGCCAUCUAAUGGCAUUGAUGUGGGCAAGGACUGCACCGACCUUCGGGCCUAUGCUCGGCAUAGAGCCGCGGAAUGUGUCAAAAGGAUGGGGCAACGUGCUCACUCUGUUCCGGAUAAUUGGGAGGAAAGGUCAAUACAGCAGCUGGUUGAGGACUCCCAGGGCAUGUUUCUCUGGGUCAAGCUACGUGCCAACAUGCUACUCCUCCAGUCAGACAGUACCAUAUUUGGGCCUGAUUUGGACCUGGAGCCAUCCACGGAUCUGCCCAAAGCUCUGCUCCAGCUGUUUGAAACUAUCUACAACGGAAUUAUCACCAAUAGUCCACAAGGAUCGAUAACACGCCAAGCUGUCUUGACUCUGUUCCGGUGGCUAUUGUGCGCACGGGCCCCUGUCCCGGCAGAGGACCUCAUUCGGGCUCUCACAAUCUUUAUAGGAAAAGACAGGAUUGGCUACAAUAUACAAGGUUCAAAUGUCACUGUUCCCAUGGUACUUGAGAGCUGUCAAGAUCUGGUGGUAGUCGAUCAAGACAGCAACGAAAUCCGCUUCGUCCACACAUCAGUGGGUGAUUUUCUCAAGCUCAAAGACGGUAUGCAGCCUGCAGAUCAACAUGCAGCGGUGGCCAAUCUCUGUUUAGCCACAGUGCAGAACCUGGCGUCAGAACCACCGACGGCCUCCUUGCCCCGCGACAAGUUUCACUACUAUGUAGUGCUAUAUUGGGCCUCACAUGUAGCGCAGGCAGGCCAACAACAUCAAAUCCAGACCAUACAUGAUGCAUUGGAUGACCUAUGCCUGGAGCGGCCGUGGUUUCAAUCCUGGCUUCCCGAGAUUAAGCCUGCUUCUUUGCUCGUUCUUGGAUGGGAUGAUCCUCAUAAAGACAAGAUCAUGCAAGCUCUUAGCUCACCAGCCACAUCAUUUUUCACUGCCUGUGCGUUUGGAUUCACCAAGGUUGUUCGCCACUGCAUCCAGUCCAACGGAGAUUUAAUUUGCCAGGUAAAUGACAUGGGUGCUACGGGCCUGCACCUCGCCGCUGAAUAUGGCCACGAGGAGAUUGCCAAGGUCCUCUGCGAGGCAGGCGCUGAUGUAAAUCUCACUGAUACCGACGGUGAGACCCCUCUGAUUCGGGCUGCCGCGGGCGGCUACGAAUCCCUGGUCUUGAUGUUGCUAAAGGAGGGCUCCAACAUACAAGCUCAGGGCCAGCGGUAUGGGACAGCGCUACACGGUGCCGCUCUCCAUGGCCAUGUAGAUGUGGUUAAGAUUCUUCUCAGUCAUGGCGCGGGUAUCAAUAUCACCGGUGGCCAGUUCAGCACAGCCCUACAUGCAGCCUGUCUCCGCGGUCACGUUAUGGUAGUCAACUGGCUUCUCAACUCCGGGGCGGAUGUGAACGCACCAGGCGGGGCGAAAAACAAUGCACAAGAUAAGACUACUGCUGAGCCUACAGUGGACGCCAGUUUCCAGGUUGCUGCCCAGUAUAUACUGGAAAAUCAACGUGUCCCUGGAGGUCAGAAGCCACCUGUAUCGCGCUACUUGCUGGAAGAGCAGAUAUUCCAGUUAUCACUAGAUCGACAUGUAGAUGUUAACACCUUAGCGGAGGGCUUUGGUCCACCAUUGCAUAUUGCAGCUCGAGCGGGCCAUGACGCGGUCGUCAAGAUACUGCUAAGCCAUCCUAGGGUAUCACCUAACUGUGAAGGUGGCGAAUAUGGCACUGCGCUGCAGGGUGCCGCCGCAGCCGGGCGCACCAGCAUCGUCCGGCAACUUCUUACUGCUAAAGCCGACCCUAACAUGCAAGCAGGAAAGCAUGGUACGGCGCUGAUAGCAGCUUGCCGGCAGGCAAAUCUCGGGCUAGCAGAGCUUCUGUUGCAGUCAGGCGCUGCAGUAAACGUGCAGGCGGGCGUCUAUGGUACUGCCCUUCACGCAGCAUGCCGUAGCGGCAAUCAUCUUCUAGUUCAGCGCUUGUUGGACUCGGGGGCCGAUGUCCAAUUAACCGGAGGCGAUUAUUGCACAGCUUUACAAGCUGCUUCUCGAGACGGAUACGAUCUUAUAGUGCAUAGUUUGCUCCAGCACGGUGCUGAUACCAAUGUCCAGGGCGGAGCCUUUGGGAGUGCGCUCGGGGCUGCCGCGGCGGGCGGCUACCCGCGGGUCGUGGAGAUGCUGUGCGAGGCAAAGGCCGAAGUUGAAGAUUGUCUGCAGUUGGCAUGUCUAGGUGGUCACCAGGCAGUGGCUGAAAUUCUCCUAGCCCGUGGAUCAGACCCGAAUGCCUCUUCGAAUAGGCUGGACACACCGCUACAAGCAGCCAUGGCGGGGCGUCAUCACUCCCUCGCGCGAUGGCUCCUUGAGAAGGGGGCGAAAGCUACUGCUUCCAGAGGGAUAAGGGCCACAAGCCUCCAACAUGCAGCGCUGGCUGGGGAGGCGGAGCUCGUUGGCAUCUUUCUCGGGCAGGGAGCAGAUCCCUGGAAGAAAAAUGAUCGCCUCGAUAUGGACGUCGCCGAGGAACUCGAGGAACUCGUACUUGCGGCAGCAGGAGGCCACAGUCAGGUUGUCGCCCUUUUGCUAGAUGCGCUACCGCCCAGAGUCCACACGAGUAGCGAUCAUGAUGGCCGCUCCGGUAAGUCGGGCCGCGCCAGGUCUCGUGUCAAAUCUGCCCUGUGUAGUGCACUGUGCAUGGCACUGGAGACAAGCCAAGAGGCAGUAGUAAAUCUGCUGUUGGGUCGUGGUGCACUAGUUGAUCUCGCGACUGUUAAACACGCAUGUUGCGUGUCAAAUCCAAGUGUGGUGAUCACCUUGCUAGAAAUGCAGGACCCACUUACUUCGGAGCAGGAGAGAUACAGGAACGGCAUAGGUGCACUUUCCGAGGCGGCUCUCCACAAAAGGCUUGGGCUCGUGGAGCUACUACUACCGCUGGCCAUCCAAAGCAAACAUUUUGUCCCCACGGAUCUGGAAGAAGCUCUACAGAAUGCAGUAUCUUGCGAGGAUUUGGCGAUUGUCAACAAGCUGCUUCACUGUGGCGCGAGUCCUACUAUCCAAUCCAAUUCCCUCAGGCAGUCUGACCUGGCCGACCCGGGUCUGACGCACGUCACUCCGAGUAUGACAGUAGCCGACGAGCACGAAGACAUUGUGCACACCCCUCUUGAUACCAAGGGAAAUGUCGAUAUCGGUCAGGAGGAUCCUUGGAAAGCUCUCCAAACUGCCGCAUAUAAUGGUGCAGAAGACUCGGUAAUCCUCCUUCUGGAUCGUGGCGUCGACGUAAAUACGGAAGGGGGCCAUUAUGGCACCGCAGUGCAGGCCGCAGCCGCAGGGGGCCACGAAACCAUAGUCCGACUGCUCAUCAGUGCCGGGGCCAACCUUCUCUGCCAAGGGGGGUUACCUAAAUAUUUGGGAGGGCCCAAUAUUAUAAAGCGAAAGACAACAGGAUCUUCAGCCGAAAUUUGGCACCCGUAUGAGACAAUCAAGAAGAGGUUCGGAGCAAAACCGACACGGAGGCAAAGUGGUUUAUAUGGCACUGCACUCCAAGCAGCUGCAAUGAAUGGAAAUGCGAAGAUCGUGGCGAUGCUAAUAGAGGCUGGUGCCGACGUCAACGAUAUCGAUUCGCUCGGGCAAACCCCCCUGCACCGCGCGGCAUACUACAAACAUCUCGAUGUAAUUACUUGUCUGACCAAAAAUGGAGCCGAUCUUGAAGCGAUAGACUCUGAAGGCCAUAGUCCUGUGCUUCUUGCGGCACUAAUGGGUGAUCGCGAGAUCUUCGAGUGCCUUUUCGCUUCAUCGACCAGAUCGUUUACCAACUCUGCAGUCAUGAAGCAGCGGUCACUGCAUUUAGCGUCACAGAACGGACGUAUUGAUAUCAUCAAAUACCUGAUUUCUAAGCAGAUCCAUCCAGAGGUGCAAGAUGAAAACGGCCAGACCGCUUUGUUCAUCGCCGCCUCGAAUGGUCAAUGUUCCACGGUGCGGUUUCUGAUCGAAAAUGGCAGUAAUAUCCUUUGUCGCGCUCAUGACGCAUGUACGGCUCUCCACCUAGCCGCAGCAUCAGAUCAUGAUGAUGUGGCCCGCUUGCUUCUAACAUCUGGGGCCGACAUGCUUGCUGUGGACAACCGCGGUUGGUCAGCGUUGCACUCUGCUGCGGCGACGGGCCGUAGAAAAGUGGUGUAUCUGCUCAUGGAGCAAGGCGCACCACCGAAUCUACAGGAUUACUCGGGCAAAACAGCACUGCACCUUGCAGUUUCUGAAGGAAACAGCGAAACGGUUACUAUCUUGCUCAACAACGGAGCCAACAUCAAUGCCAAAACGAAGGACGGAAAUACACCCAUUGAACUCUCACUGCAAACCAGAGAUGACCACCUGAGAGACUUACUCAUCCGGUAUGGAGCAACAAACCCCAGCAAGAGAGAACGGUCUGUUGAGUCGACAUGUUUGCCGAAGGACGUUGGCCGCAGGUCUUCGCCUGCUAGCGAACUUUCCUUUUCCUCCAACACACAAACGAAGAGCAUUGCUAGCCAUAUUGCUUUUUUUGGAACCGCUGCUAGGAGUGGUUAUUCUUCAACAACCUCUACCGUGGAUGUUGAUCAAGAGGACGAGGGACGAACGUAUAAUUAUUCUGAGGACGACGAGAGAAUAUGA